CAUUUUCAAUGAUAUUUCACUUUAAUUUUGAUUAAUUUUUUUUUAAAUUUACAUCUAACUUAAUCAUUGGCUGUUGUAUUUAGACUAAGUUCAUUUCAAGAAAAAUAUUCAAUUAUAAAAUGGGAAAAAUAGCUGCCAUUGUUGAUAAUGUAACUAUUAAUAAAACAAAUGAUCUCAACAAUAUUAAUUCACAAAAAUCAUCUCAACCCGAAGAUAAAAUUGACACAUCAAAAAUGAAUGGUUUCAUUUCAUCUUUAUCAAAUGAUAAUAAUCCUAAACAAAAACCGAAAUCAAAAAUGGCUUUACCGAAUAAAACGAAUGGAAAAAUCGAAAAUAAAAAUAACAAGACAGUUGCCAAAUCAAAAAAUGACAAACAAUCGAAAUCAAAACAACGACCAGAAUCUUCGAAGAGAAUUCGUAAAAAAAGUCGUUCAUCGGUUAAAAUGAAUGGUUCAUCUGGAUCCAUAUCAAAUUCAUUAGCUUUAGCAUCAUCAUCAUCAACAAAUGAAAUGAGUAAUAGUAAUAAUCAGAAAAAAAUUUCUCCAUAUCAAGAUCUAACUAAUAUUCUAACAUAUUUUGAUCCAACUAAAAAAAUUCGAGAUCCACUUUCAAUGGUGGAAUGUCAUCAGUUUGAUGAUUCCAUUCAACCACCAGUGGUGGUAAAAAUUAAGCUUGAAGCAUUACUAUUAAUGGACCUUCAUUCACAUUGUCAUCAUAAUGAAGUGAUUGGUUGUCUUGGUGGUUAUUAUUGUCGUGUAACAAAAACAUUAUAUGUAUUAACUACAGUGCCUGGUUCUUCUGUUGACGAUCAUUUUAAUCAUUGUGAACUUGAUCCUGUUUCAUAUGUUGAUGCAAUAGAAGAAUUUGAAAAACAAAAUUUACAGAUGGUCGGAUGGUAUCAUUCACAUCCGAAAUUUUUUACUAAACCAUCUAUAGUAGAUAUACAAACACAGAAAUAUAAUCAGGGAAUAUUUUCAGAACGUUAUAGUAAUAAAGAAAAAAAUAAAUCAACAAAUAAUAAACAGCAACAAGUGAGUGCUGGUGAUUCAGAGGAUAGACAACGACCAAUAGUACCUUCGGAAGAAAAGGAACGAACAUUUGUUGGUUUCAUUGUUACACCAUUUCUUGUUCAGCCGAUCGGUUCAACAUUAACAUCAUCGAAAUCAUUUACUAGAUAUCAGCCACAUUCUGAACGUUCGAUUGGUUCAAAAUUUAUUGCCAACAAUAUUUGUUAUGAUUAUCAUCAUCGUUAUCAUUCAUCUUAUUGUUAUUUUACGCCUGAAUUAAAUUCCAUAUUAGCCAGUACGAUCAAAUGUUUUUGGGUUAAUGGACCUCAAUUCAGUAAAGAUCCGAUGAAAAAUAACCCACAACGAGCUCAUUGCCUUGUACCAUAUGAGAUCGAAACAACUAUGAUACGUGAUGAAUGUUUCAUAUCAUCCAUGGCCAAUGGUUUGAGUCAAAUGUGUAUAAAAAUUUUUUCUGAAAAUAAAAAGAAAGCACAAUCGAUUGUGGAUUUAUUUAAACAAUUUACACGAAUAGGUUCGAUUAAUAUCAAUUAUCUGGAAAAGAUUAUUGCUUCAUUAUCACACCAUCUUCAAAAUCCAAAUGUUAAUUAUUUAUGUACUGAAGAAGAAUUUGCUCGUAUUCGUGAUCAAUGUGUCGCAAUUUUGACCCAAGAAUUGAUUGGGAAUCAGAAAAUUCAUGGUCGUACCACUAGAUAUCGAUGAUUUAAAAUUUAAAUGGAUGAAAAUUAUUUAACAUUACGUUGAUGAUAAUAAUUUUACUGGAUCCCAACAUUUAUAAAUAUUUUCAUAUAUUUUUCAUUGAUGUACAAAAAAAAAUGUUUCGAAUAUUUUUAAAAUUUCAAAAUAAUGUAUCACCUUUAAUCCAUAUGACUGAAUGUCUAUAGUAUUUGUAGCCUUUUUUCUCAUUUGAAUCAACAUUGAUAUAAGUUGGUUCUUUAUUUCGCAUUUUUUUAAUAUCCAAUCAAAUAUUUUCGAAAUUUUUUUCUUAUAUCACUUACAUACUUUAUAAUUAAAAUUAAAAUUUUUUUCUUUUCUAA